UUUGCGUAAUACGAAUUCUAAACAAUAACAAAACACAACACUUCUCCAUGCUAUCCGGGCUUCGCGGGAGAUGGUGCGGCUUGAUGUGCAAACCACAAUUUCCAGUGAUAACAAUGGCAACAAACCAAACCCCUAUUGAGAAUGCUAUCCGUACGGGACUGACCAAAGAACUAUCGCCCGUGCAUUUGGACGUCGUCAAUGAAUCCUACAUGCAUAACGUUCCGAAGGGUUCCGAAACACACUUUAAAGUUCUAGUGGUUUCCCAACAUUUUGAGGGUCUUCCACUGAUCAAGCGUCAUCGCUUGGUGAAUGAGAUAGUGAAAAACCAGCUUGAAGGAGAGUUUGUUCAUGCGCUAUCGAUAGUGGCCAAAACGCCUCUUCAGUGGGAUGAAGCAUACAAACUUGAACCUAGCCCUAAUUGUAAAGGAGGAUUUGGGAAAUAAAUCAACCAGCAUUCGAACGUAAAUCUACAGAAAUCUCGCAAGGAUACCAGACACACAGAACAUUCGAAGACAAUGUUACAAACUCGCUGUUUGUAGCAUUUCAAUCUUUAUCUUUUCUUUUUUGCUCGUGCCAACAUCUCUAGACGCUAUACGUAUCGAGUCGAAGCUUUCCAUCGUUUUCCGUAAAAUACAUCAUGUCCGCCAUCGUUUGCUCGCAUACCAUUUCUUCCACGCGCUCGUGCAUCUGUAAUGAAGUUACUUUUAAAACAAUUCACCUUCGAAUGUUACAUUUAAUCUCGAAUGUUACCGCUUGUGCGUUGAACUCCUUCAGCA